AUGGUUUGCGAGUUUCCUGGGUUCCGCUUGGAGCAAGAACGCUGUUUUCGUGAUUUUAUGCUUGACUUCUUGCAGGUUGUUGAUGAUGAAGGGCUGGGGGUUUUUCUUGAGACACUGUAUGUGGUGUGGAGCUCGCGGAAUGACUUAGUGUUCAAUGACGCAACCUCUACGGUGGAUCAGAUGCUACGCCACUGCUCUCUUCUCCAUCCGGGACCAGCUAUGGUGGAGGCCACUGCCCGUUCGCACCAGCCCCACCCCUCGAAGUGGUCACGGCCAUCUCUAGGCACUUUCAAGAUUAAUUUUGACGUAUCAGUCAAUCAGGAAGGCCAUAGUGGGUUUGGGUUCAUUGCUCGGAACAAUCACAGUGAAGUCCUUGCAUCAACGUGUUGGAGAUAUGGUCUUGUCACCUCUCCAACGGUUGCGGAAGCUCUCUCUAUGCGAUGGUCGAUGAUUUUGGCUAGGGACCUUGGUUUCAGAUGGGUCGUUUUUGGAACGGAUUGCUCUCUCUUGUUUCAAGCUUGGAAACGCAAGGGUGGUGGUUGCUCUUUUUUAGAUUCUAUUGUGAGGGAUUGUAUUUUUUUGCUUUUAGACUUUGAUGUUUUUUCCUUACUGUUUGUCCGCCAUACAGGAAACUGUGCGGCCGACGCUUUAGCGUCUUUAUCGUUUUCGCAGGGUGAGUUUGUGUGGAUUGAGGAUGUCCCUCCUCAGCUUAUUGGCAUUGUCCAAUUUGAUGUACUGGCCCUUGUGCUUCCUACUUCUUCUUAA